AUGUGGGGCAUGUUUCCCGAGACAUUCUACCUCAUGAUGACUAAACUACGUGCUGCAUUUCCCAUCUCGUCAAAGCGUCCAAGCAGUCCUUUAAAUAAUCUCGUCGGUGACGGAAUUCCCGAGGAGGUUAACAUUGAUCGCUACCCCGCCUUCCGUCCAAGGGCAUACGCUGGCUUGGCGUAA